CUCGCGCACUCUAUGCUGCCUCAUAGCAACGGCACCGCGAGGCGAGGCAGAUAAGUAAGAAAGCGUGAUUUGCGGGGCUGCUGCUGCUGUUGUUGUGUUUAGAGAAGAGAAAUAAAAACAUGUCGUACACUAAGUUUGUUGCGGCUAUUGCGAGGGCAAACUCGGGCAAUGUCAACAAGAUACGCAUUUCACCUGGAAGAUGUCGGUCGACACUGGCAUCCACCAAGAAGCAAGAAGAGAAAGAGCAACAGAUGGAUGGGUGCCCCGUGGUAGAAGCUGAGCCGGUUGAACUCAUCAGCCAGACCAAAAAUAUUACAAAUACGAAGUUAAGUAAAAUCCACAUUGACUUCGACAACACCCAGGAAGCCUACAGAAGUAAAGGUAACAUCGAGCUGCUUCGCAGUCUGCUGGUGUUCAAGCUUUGUACAAUUGACGUCCUCGUUGAGAAGAACAAAGAGUUGAUGGACCUGAGUAAGAAGCUGUUUGGUCAGUGGAUGUUUGAGAAGAUGAUGAAGAUGACCUUCUAUGGUCAGUUUGUGGCAGGAGAAGACCACAACUCCAUCAAACCUUUAAUUCACAAGAACCAGGCCUUCGGUGUCGGGGCCGUGUUGGACUAUAGUGUUGAAGAGGACUUGACACAAGAAGAGGCAGAGAAGAAGGAAAUGGAUUCAUGUGUUUCUGAAGCAGAGAAAGAAAGUCCAGGUGCUGAUCAUCGUGAGAAAAAGUACAAGGCCCAUCGCCAGUUCGGAGACAGGCGUGGAGGAGUCACCAGUGCUCGUACUUAUUUCUAUGCAGACGAGUCCAAAUGUGACACCCAAAUGGAGACAUUCAUAAACUGCAUUAAAGCCUCCGGAGGAGCCUCUGCAGAUGGAUUUUCUGCCAUCAAAAUGACAGCUCUCGGACGGCCACAGUUCCUUCUCCAGUUUUCAGAAGUCCUGGUUAAAUGGAGACAGUUCUUUAACUACCUCGCAGCACAACAGGGUAAAUCUGAGAUGAUGGUCUUGGAACAGAAACUGGAACUGGAACAGCUCAAGGAAAGUUUGACUAAGAUGGGUGUUGGAGCCAAGGACGACAUUGAGAACUGGUUUACUGGAGAGAAGCUGGGUUUGUCAGGAACGAUCGAUCUGCUGGACUGGAACAGUUUAAUAAAUGAUACAACAAAAAUCUCUAGUCUCCUUAUGGUGCCAAACCUUGAGACACGCCAGCUGGAACCUUUGUUGAACAAGUUUACAGCUGAGGAGGAGAAGCAGAUGAAGAGAAUGCUCCAGAGAGUGGACGUUUUGGCCAAACACGCCAUGGAGAAUGGGGUAAGGCUAAUGGUGGACGCCGAGCAGACCUAUUUCCAACCAGCUAUUAGUCGGCUGACCCUGGAAAUGCAGAGGAUAUUCAACAGGGAGAAGCCCAUCAUUUUCAACACUUACCAGUGUUACCUCAAGGAAGCCUAUGACAACGUAACUAUGGACAUUGAGCUGUCACGACGUGAAGGCUGGUACUUUGGUGCCAAACUGGUUCGUGGAGCCUACAUGUAUCAAGAGAGAGAUAGGGCCAAAGAGAUUGGCUACGAAGACCCGAUAAACCCAGACUAUGAGGCCACUAAUAGGAUGUAUCACAAGUGCUUAGAGUAUGUGCUGGAGGAGAUUGAACACAGAAGGAAAGCAAAUAUUAUGGUUGCAUCUCACAAUGAGGACACCGUGAAAUUUACUCUGGAAAAGAUGAAUGAGAUGGGCCUUUCACCCACUGAGAAUAAGGUUUACUUUGGACAGCUGCUGGGAAUGUGUGACCAGAUCAGCUUCCCACUAGGCCAAGCAGGUUUCCCAGUCUACAAGUACGUCCCAUACGGUCCAGUCAACGAGGUCAUUCCUUAUCUGUCUCGCCGUGCUCAAGAGAACCGUGGCUUCAUGAAGGGUUCGCAGAGAGAGCGCAGCCUGCUGUGGACAGAGCUGAAGCGCAGGAUGUUGGCUGGUCAGAUCUUUUACAAGCCUGUGUACUGAGUCACAGGACCACAGCAUACUAACUGCAGUGUAAGCAUUCCAUACUCUACUGUACCACUACCUGCUAGCUGCUCCUUCCCUGGCUUUUUAUGCUGCAGCGUGGAGGAAAGUUCGGCAGUUUUAAGGGCAGAUGUUUUCAAGUGUGAAAUGGUUUGUGAUUUGUUUUCAGAAGAGAUAUUUUUAUCAGAUUACAUGAGAUAAAAACAAUAAAUAAGUGGACCCGUCAUAGUAAUAUAACAGCUGGGAUGAAAGUACAGUCAUAUUACAUAUAUAUAUUUAUAUACACAUAUACAUAUAAAUUUAAUAGAUUUUAAAACUCUGCCAUUAUAUUACAUUGUGGAGAAACGUGCUGCUCGAUUAAGAAGUGAUUAUUAAUGUUGGUCUCGGAAUCCGAAUUAGUUUUAUUUAACUAAAAAACGGUAUAUUGUGAAUCGAUGGUUACCAAAGGUGGCAUACUUGUAUAUAAAAGCUGUGUUGUGUUUUAUUAUGUGAAAAGACAUUUUUCUUUUUAUGUUUUCUUCAGUGUCACACUUGUCUUAUAGCUGUUACUCACAAGUGCCUUAUGAUUGAUGUCACAAGAUUAACUGGAAGCAAUGGGCUGUUGCACAACAUUUUGUUUUCUGUUACAGCACACUCCACCAGGGGGACUGUAAAUUAUCUUACCAUGUUAACUGCUGACACUAUGUGCCAUCGUAAUGAUCCACUGUGUAGAUCUAUAUCCAUAGUCUACUCUUAAGUCAUAAUCUGUUGCAGCUUCACAAACCAGAUGGUUCUCCUUUUCAUCUCACAUCACCCAUGUAUAUUGAUGUCCCCAAAAUAUAACAUUUGACACUGUUUCUCACUGUAAACUGUCUAUAUACCAUAAAUAUGUGCCAAUGAACCAACUACAUGUUACUAGCCAGUGACUGUUGGCUGCAGAAGCUAACCUGUUUGCUCGUGACAAAUCAAAGGGCUGAAAGGGCUGAAGUUUCAGUGUGAUCUAUUUUAGGGACUAAGUCAUGCUUAACAUGCUAAGCAGGAAACCAGGAUUGUGUGCUGUGCUCCAAGAACUGUUCCACAAAUGUGACCCGGUUACUGCUGUAAUUGUUUUCGAGGAAAACUACACCCAAGUAUAGAAUACCUGCACUAUUGUAUGGGCUGCAUGGGAGGAGACGCUCCCUGGGAAUUCUGUUUAUUAUUUUAUAAGAAUCUUCAAAAAGACAGCGCUGCCCACAGCCUGUGAAUCAUUUGUGAGUUUGUGUGCUAAAGAAAAUGAUAGAGAAUAUAUUUAAAUGUCAGACUGGAAAUGAAUACUGUAAAGUGCAAAUUUAAUCCUUUUUGUAAAGUUGAAAAAAAAAAGAAACGUAUUUGAACAAAAGUCUUAAAUUAAGAUUUUAAACCAAUUUCACUGUCGCUGCAUUUCUGAUGCUUGUAUUUUUAAGUAGUAUAGCCAUGAGAAAUUAUAAAAACAUAAAGUCAUUUACGUUUCAUUUUUGUUCCAGCGUCAGCCAUAAUUUUAACAGUAUCAGCAGUAAAUGAGAUGCCUUUAUUUGUGUGGACAGUUGAAAUUUGAGCUGGGUUAAGCUCCUGUUGAAGAACCACAUUCAUUUUACUGAAUGUGUGUGAUGAAGUUAACCUCACAACACUGACACAUUUCAAGGGUUUGGACAGGAAUUUAAUUUGAGUGUUUUUUUUUUUCUUUGGUGUUUGGUUUCCUCGUCAUUGCUGUAUCAGUAUAUACCAUAUUUUGUACAGUUGUAAAAUGUAAUUAUUGAUUAACAAAAUAAACAUAGAAACCAUAA